AACUUUUUCGCUUGAUAAAAAAGUUCAAGCUUUGAAAUUUGAAUUUCAAGAUUAUGUUUAUAGCAGUGAGCAUUCUUAACCAGAAGACUAGUAGUAGACUGAAUAGAGAAGCUCUAAUUUGAAAUCGUCGUGGUGACAAGAGAAAUGUUAUAGUGGCCACAUUAUCAAUAUGGGAAAAGCAAGGACCACUGAAACUGCAUCUUCGAGUGACACAAGCAAGAAGAAAGAUAAGCAGGCAGCUUCUUCUAAGUCUUACAAGCACCAAUCAGACUCUGAUUCAGAGCUACAACAAGAGGUCUACCCUGGUACUCACUGGCCUCUGGAUGCCACAUUGGAGCUGUAUAUUAACUAUGAUGCGGUGAAGGAGAUAAGAGCAGUGAAGCCAGACUUCUACCCCAUGUUGUUCCACCUGACCAAAUCGGACUAUAGCAGUGUGGCUAGAGCGUUGUCCAAACUACCAGUCAUUAUGGACAACCUCCAAGCCAGACUGGAUAAAAUGAAAGGUCAGACUGCAACUUCAGCAGAGGUAAAAUCUACACAACCUCCUAAAGCUGUUACUCCACCUGUUGUGAAAGAUCUGGAGACUGCCAAGAAGGAAGUCCUAAAGCUUCUGUCAAAUAUGACCAUGAAUCAGAAUGAUGUUUUAGAAUUACUGGACUGGAUCAAAACCCUUGUAUCUAAAAAGAAGGGAAGAACUGGGUACCAUUUAUGUGAACAGGAGAAAGAUGAUGAACACCUGAAGCCUCUUACAAGGACACAAUCAAAGGCAGUAGUUAGGUUGGUUCCAUGUAAUAUACAAACAAUCUCUGACAGUAAGACUGUCAUGACCAGGGCACAAGAAAAAAAUGAAACGAAGACCGAAGUAAAAAAUGACAACAAAUGUCCUGGAACAACUAAUGUCAAGAAGCAUCGAAAAGAUGCCUCUCCGAUAGACGACAAAAAAAGACCUACCAGAGAGGAGGUUUGUGACAAUAUAAAAGAAAUGGCUGCUGCACAAAUUUUGUCACAGGCUGAAAAUAUAAACAAGAAACAAAUAAAUAAUUGUACUAAAGAUAAACUUUCAAACGACAAAAGUCCACAGGACAAAAUAGGCACAAGGAAGCGAGGCAGACCACGCAAGAAUUUGAGAGAAGUUUCAGGGGAAGACCAUGAAUCUACUCACGAAACAAUGAAAAAACAGAAGAAAACUAAAUCGCAUCGGUCUACGUCACCAGCAGUCUCCUUACCAUCUCCCGGCCCACCUGUUUUAUCUCCUCAGACAACAAUCUCACCUUCCAAAUUCAGCCUUAGCACAGGGACCAGAGAAAAUGUUCAAAAUACCAUUAAAAGUGUUCUGAAUAGCAAGCAACAGCAAGCACCUCCAGAAGUUGUUGAGAAAGUUGUACCUGAAAGAGGUGAAUGGUCACAACAGACCACACAGCCAGUUAGUGUUCUUGACCCACCUGCUAGAAAUAAUUUUGGCCCUAUUCCUAUGUGUCUGUACAAAGUGCAGCCAGACUCCGAUGUAUCCCCUAUGGACUCUUCCUUGGACUUAGUUACACCCAAAAUAGAAAUUGAUAACGCGGAAGAUGACGUAUCUUUUGAGCAGUGUUAUUUAAAACGUGAACCAGGACCCUCCGUAGAGUCAUCUGUUUCAGCAUCUGGCAUUACACAGAAGUUGGCCCCAAUCAUAAAGACUAUUUGUACAGGUUCAGUGUGUGGAGGGGACAAUUGUAUACAUGAACAUUCAGUAAUUGUGGAGGAUUGUGACAACCCUGAAUUGGAUUGUGUUCUGGAAAAAUUUGGUCGAGAUGCCAAGGAAGCUGAGCCAAUAAUUAUCAUUGAUGACAUUUAAAAGUUGAAUUCCAAAAACAAAUUUGUUUGCUGAUCAAUAUAUAUAUAUAUAUUGUGCAGAAAUUUAUCCAUGGCCAAAAAUUUAGGGACCAUGGUUUUAUUGUUGAUGUUCUGUAAAAUUUAAUUUAACAGAAUACUACGACCCAAUAUGACUUAAAGUCAUUCUUGAGACCUUGCGUGGAGGAUUUGCUACUUGUUCCUGAAAAAUCUGCCAAUGCAUUGCCAAUCGCAAUAUCACUUGCCAACCAGUAUGAAGGACCUCCUCAUAACAUGUCUGGGCCCACCUUAUGGUGAUGUCAAGGACAGUGUUUGAAAUAUUGCAUGAUAAAUGAAUGGCAUUGAUUUAUGCAUGAAUGCAUUUAAUUUUUCUUUAUGCAAUAUUUUUACCAGAUAAUGAUAUAUAAUUUAGAUGUUUUUUGGGGAUUCAACAUGGCUACUAUGUAAUGGAGGUAGACAAAGAUACUCAUUUCUACAAACAGAAAGAAUAUCACAUUUUUGAAAUCACAUGUAUAAUUAAAUUUGCAGCUGCUGUCUUGAUGACCAUAUUGAAAAACUGUUGAACCUUAUGGAGUUGAACUUGUUUAAAUCAAAAUUCUUGCAAAAGUUAAAUAAAUUCAAAUUAUCAGGGUUUUUUUUUUUUUUUUUUUUUGCUACACAGAACUAUAUUCAUAAGCAUGCAACACAGUAAUAUGAAAUACAAGGCAGACAUAUUUUGAUUUUUGGAUAUGUAUACAUGAAACAGGAACAAUAGCGUGAUUUAAGAUGGAAAAAGAUCAUCAUACUUUCAUCCUUCCACAUAUUCACAUGUCAAAAUGUCAUGGUAUAGAGGGCAGAAGCAAUGUCAAUAUAAAAAACCGUUUAAACUUUAUUAUCAAGAGAGAUAAACUUUUCUCCAAUGUACUUUCUUUCAUGAUAUUUUGCUCAUUUUAAAUUUUUAUUUUUGUCCAACAAAGAUUUAUGAUAACAAUGCAUUGUGUUACCUGCUACAAAUAUUUUUUUAUUCCUACAAUGUUAUUUGUCAAUGUUAUUAACCAUCAUCAGAUGAUGGACUGUUAAAAUUGCCCUCCUCCGUGGUCUGUUGUCAAGUCUUUAAAUAAUUCUUUUUUUUGCUAUUUCUUUAGAAGUACUUAAUGCAGGCUGUCCAGCAUCCCUGAAAUUCCUAACAAACCUAAUUUUUUGCAGUUUUGCUAAAAUUCCUAAAAAAAUGAAAAAUUCAAAGGGAAUUCCUAAAAAAGCUCAAAUUUUUAGCUUCAGUUCCUACUUUUUUUUAUAUAUUUCUUACAAUUUACUGAAAAUGUUUUCAUUAAAUUCAUACAUAAAAUGUAUUUUAAUGUAAUCUGCAGUUCUAAUUCAGGUAGACAAUGAAAGGCAGUUGACCAGUGGAUCUAUGUACCCAGAUUGUUAUUGGUUGUGACUGAGUGACAGAGGUGUGAUACUUGAGGUCACAGCCAACAGCAGCUAGGACACUGAAACCCUGGAAGACACCUUUCCUGCAAUUUAGGCAUUGUAUGUUAGUUUCUAUUUUGUCAAAUUUGCAAAGGUAAGUCAGUUUAAUGCUUUCAUACUCCCUAUUCUAGUUACAAAAUUCCUAAUUUUAGCCCUAAAUUUGCCCUAAAACUUUGUAAUUUUAGCCCUAAAAUUAACCGUAAUUUUUUGUCAAGAAGUGCUGGACAGCCUGUUAAUGAAUCUUUCUCGAAAUUUCAUAUGUAGGUUGCCCUUGCUCCUUAGUUAUGACCUUUAGUUUUUUUGAUGAUAAGAAAAACAAAAUGUUUGGGGACCAUCUUAGAUUUUACAGCUAAGGAUUAUUAUUGUUAUUUCUUGGAAGAAUUUUAAAAUUUCCCUCAAAUAUUAGCUAAAACAGAGCAGAGAAGGAAAAAGAUUCAACUUUUGAAAAACAAACUGAGACAAACACAUUAGUGGGGCCAAGAUUCCUCUGGGAUCUUGUUUGUUUAAGCAAUAUAACAAUAACUUUAUAUAGUCUGAGUCUGCAUUGACCAUGCAAUAAAUGUAUUAUUUCUAAUGAAAGGAUGUCUCAAAUAAUUAAAAAUUAAUUAAAUAUUUUUGACAGGGAUUUAUUUUCAAAUGAAGCAAGAUUUCAAUUACAUCACGAGCUCAAAUUUCUGUGUCAGCUGUAUUGUGUGUAUUGUGGUUUGAAGAUUCGUGGCGAUUUAUAUUAUCUAUAAGUACUCAUUCCUGGAAAAAUUAACUUCCACAGAUAGCACUGAAGUCUCACUGCUUUCAUGAAACUAACAGGUACUUUACCUGUGUGCUUUGUAUUUUUUAUAUGACUACUAACACUGCCAGUGAAAAGAUACAAGUUUCAAUGGGAGAAUUCCUUUGGCCAGUUUUUUUGGUCCUCUGACACGAAAGGUCAAGAUGACCUACAGCCUGGUUUCUUUGAUGGUCAUCCAUCCUCUACUGUAAACUUUAUAGAACCCUACUUCUCCUGAACACCUCCAUGAAUUUCAACUAAAUUUGGUCAGAGACAUCAUUGGGGAUGGGAAAUAAUUAAAUCAGAAAUUUGAUUCAGCCCCCAUGGACAGGUGGCAGGGCCCAAAAAAGAGGCAUUUAGCUGAAAAUUUGCUUUAACCCUACUAAUUCUUAAUGCCUCAGCAUAUUUUACCCCAAUUUGGUUUGAAAUUUUAUUAGGGGUGGGCUGUCUUUUUUGAUAUUCAGAAAGUAGAUCCAACCCCGAGGGACAGUGAGGAUCUCUGCCAUCAAAGUCAUUCUGAAUCAUCACCCAGGGAAGUUAAUCUUUUCAGAAAAAGGAAACUUUAAGGGAGGGGGUAUUUCAACUGGACCCAAAGGAGAAAUUUUGCUGAGACAAAGUCUCAUGGUGACCUAUUGGUAUUGCCUUUAGCCCGGCUGUGUGUCUGUAAAACUGAAACCCUUUUAACAAUUUUGAUGAAAUUUUGCAGAAACUUUCCCUGGCCAACAUUGAUAUUAUAGAAUCGAAUGCUCUUCAUAGAUGGAAUCAUCUUAAGGUACUUUACUAAAAUGGUUAAUUUCAUCGCUCAAUGGUCUUACAUUUCUCCCUUUGGAGGGGGUGAAGUUUACUACAAGAUUUUUGAGAAAAAAUUGCUUUUUUGAGCAUAACAUUGGUUAUUUUCCAUUGGAAAUAACUUGAUGAGAAUUUUGAUGGUGUGUAUAUAUUGACACUGGCUCAGACUCCCAAAGGCUACAAAAUAUAUUAACAUAUCAUUAUCAUGUUUGCGAUCAUCAACAUCACAAUUUCAUGACACUUGAAAGCUACUUAGCCACUAACCUUUAUAUUCAAUAUUGCUUACCUCUGGAAACCGUCAAGGCCACUAGGUCCCUUACUUUGUGAUUAAGAUGAUUCUGUAUUACCCAUACUGAUAUAGGUGUAACUCAUCAAUUUGCUUUGAAUACAUUUUCAUUAUCGUUUGUCAGUCAAUAUGAAUUGAUAUUGAAUCUCUGUCUUGAACAAUGCUUGCAAUUUGUUAGAUAUUGACACAUAGUGUAUCAUAGGUAUAAUGGCUUAAAGUCAACUAGAGUUUAUUAUAUUCAACCAGUCGUUCAUUGUAUGUCAUGUGAUGAUGUAUGUUGGAUGAGUAGUCGUAAGGACUAUAUGUCUUAAAGACAAAUUAUUCAGCCAUUUUAACAAAAUCAAGAACAGACUUUCAUGGAUAUAUAUAAAGAAACUUGAUACAAGAAACUAGGACAUUUUUCCAUGACAUACAACUGCAUCUAUAAAAAGAAAGAAUUUACUGCAUGUUUUGAAGAAAUUAAUUUUGAAAAGUUCAUCAUCUGAUAAAUCAUGAACUUAUUUACCUGUCAUUUAGAUUGUAACCUUUAUUAAAUCGAGAACUAAUAUACUAAAUGAAUCUCUAAUACGAUUUUACAUAUUUCAUUACUUUGACUAAAACAAGUAACGCUAAUGGGAAGAAAUAUGUUUUUUAAAAUGUGUGUGUUUGGAAAAAUAUGACAUUUACUGGUAAAGAUGUCAUCUUAUCAGAGAAAGAUAUAGAAGACAGUUGGGAUAAAAAAAAAAAAAGACAUACAGCUUUAAUGUAAUUUGAAGUAUAGCAGGAUAAGUAUGUAUACAUACUACUGUUCUUGUACUAAACCCAGCUAAUAAAACAAUUCAUGUCAGUCA